UUCAACUCUUUUCUACCCUUCCAGUCGGGUUUGGCGAGGGCGAGGGCGAGGGCGAGGGAGAGGGAGAUUGAAAUGGCCGUGGAAGCAGUGGCAUCAAUUGUGAUAGAAAAACUUACGGUGCUGAUUGACAAAUCAUUAAUCGUCGACAAAGUGAUAGAUCAUGUGCGGGAGCAGAUUAGAAUUGCUAUACAACGCAGGAUGAUGCAGGAUGAUGAUACAAAUAAGAAGUAUCUUCGCAUUCUUUAUGAAACAGAGGAUGUCAUUGAAACUUAUGCUUUAGCCCGUCACCAGAGGAGGAGGAGCUCACUGUGGCCAGUUGGUGGCCUCUUCAACCACUUAAGGUCACACCGAAGCUUCCAUCGGAAAAUGCUGCGAAUCGGAAAACAAAUCAAACAACUCAACAACGAAAAUUGUCAGGCGGCUGCUGCUGGUAGUAGUAAUCAUGCAAUUUCUCGGGUGGGUAAUGAAGUAAGGCCUGGUACAAUACAACGUUUCAACUCUAUACCAAGCUUCGAGAAGUGCCUGACGCCGAGGGGGCAACCUAGGCUGAUGUUUAAUUUGUCUUUCGAAGAAGAAGGACAAUCCAGCAUUGUAGGUUUCGAAGAACAAGUGAAUAGCUUGGUGAACCAACUGCAGAAGAAGGCGGGCAAAGGAAGUGAUGAUGACCACGAUCCUGUCAUUCUCUCAAUCAUCGGUGAAGAGGGCUCGGGCAAGACUACUCUCGCCCGUGCAAUUUACAAAAACAGAGGCAUUAAGGAUUUUUUUAAAUGUCGCGCCUGGGUUUCUGUUUCUAAAGGUUAUACACUCAAAGAUGUCUUGCUCAACAUUUUGAAAGAGACAGGGACUUUGAAGGAUAAAGACGUGGAUCUGACUGCGAAUCAACUGCUUGAAAGUAUGCCUAAGGCCUUGAAGAAUAUGAAGUGUCUGAUUGUCCUGGACGAUGUUCAGGCUGGUGAUGUCUGGGAAGAAUUAAAAGGCGCCUUUGCAGACAUAAGAAAUGGAACUAAGAUCAUUAUUACCACCAGUGAGGAAGAUCUACCUUUGCCUGCCAAUCCACAAAAUAUCCCACAAAAGGUGAGCCCGUUGAGUGAUUUGGAUGGCUGGAAAAUGUUCUUGAAGAAGGCCCGAUUGACAGAAAGUAGUAAUAUCAGCAACGAUCUGAAACAGAAGGUUCUGACAAAAUGCAGAGGUCUACCACUCAACAUUGUUCUCCUUGGUGGUCUGUUAUCGACCAAGAAUAAAACAGAUGAAUGGCUUCGAGUCUUGAAUUCGAAUCGGGACAUCUUGUCAUUGAGUUACAAUGACCUACCCGUUUACUCAAAGCUAUGCCUGCUUUAUUUAGCGUUUUUCCCCAAAGAAUUUGACAUCCCAGUAAGGAGGUUACUUCGGUUGUGGCUUGCAGAGGGAUUUGUCCCGAAGAUGAUUCCAGAGGAUGUGGUACAGCAAUCACCCACAAUGAUUCCAAAUAAUGUGUUACAAGAGUUGCCCAAGAUGAUUCCAGAGGAUGUGGUACAACAAUCGCCCACAAUGAUUCCAAAUGAUGUGGUACACGAGUCGCCCAAGAUGAUUCCAGAGGAUGUGGUACAGGAAUCGCCCACGAUCCCAGACGACGUGGUAAAGGAAUCGCCCAAGAUGAUCUUAGAGGAUGUGGUACAGGAAUCGCCCACGAUGAUCCCAGCGGAUGUGGUACACGAAUCGCCCAAGAUGAUCUCAGAGGAUGUGGUACAAGAAUCGCUCACGAUGAUUCCCGAGGCUGUGGUACAGGAAUCGCCCAAGAUGAUCCCAGAGGAUGUGGUACAGGAAUGCUUUGAGAAUCUGGUUAAAAGGAGCAUGAUUCAGAUAUCUAAAAUGAGGUCUGAUGGAAGCCCCAGAAGAUGUAAUUUACUGGGUUCUCUACAUGAUAAUUUGUUGUCCAAAGCCCAAGCCAUCAGCCUAUUCCAUAUCCAUCACAACUACAAUAGCGGUGUACCACCUGCAGAUCGUCCAUCAAGUGUUCGUAGGAUCAUCGAGUAUUCCGAUAUUAAGAAUUGCAAUCCAGCUGCAGAUUUUCCAAGUGUUCGUAGGAUCAUCGAGUAUUCCGAUAUUAAGACUUGCAAGACCUCACAACUUCAGAACUUGCGGUCUUAUUUAUCAUUUAACAAUCAGAAGAAAGACACACCGGCAACGGAAGUGGGGAAAUUUGUUACCAAAAUCAUUAGUAACAAAUGCUUUGGAUUGCUUAGGGUUCUUGAUCUAGAGGGCGUGUACAAACCGAGUUUGCCUGAGAAUCUGGGAGAUCUCUUUAAUUUGAGAUAUUUGGGGUUGAGAUGGACUUUCUUGGACCACCUCCCUCCCUCGGUGGGCACCCUACCUUACCUGGAAACAUUGGAUGUGAAGCACACCAAUAUCAAUAGUCUACCCAAAUCCAUUUGGAAAUUGAAGCAUUUGCGGCAUUUGAAUCUCAAUGAGAUUCGACUCGACAUGCCACCAGAACAAGGGCUCUUGACACUAUGGGGAUUAUUGAUAGAUGACAAGAGCCCGGUGAAGAAUGGUUUGAACAAGUUGCUUAAGCUCAGGGAAUUAGGCAUUACAUUCCAUUUGAGCUCUGGCAAGGAAGACAUAGCUGACUGGGUUGCAAAUUUAACUAGCCUUCAGUCUCUGAGGUUGAGAUCCAAAGAUGAGAGGGGAUAUCCUUUGGAACUCAAUUUGAAGCCAUUGACGGGUUUAGUGAAACUUUCCCAUUUGUAUUUGCUGGGGAAUUUACGAAAGCUACCUGAUAUAUCUCAUUUCCCGCCGGUGGUUAAAGUUCUCACAUUGUCAGUUUCACGGCUGAAUGUUGAUCCCAUGCCAAUCCUGGGGAAACUGCCAGAGCUAACUGUCCUCAGGCUUUUAGCGGACUCCUACCUUGGGAAAACAAUCACUUGCUCUGGAUUUAGUAAGCUUCGAGUCUUGAAACUAUGGAGGCUGAAAAAACUGGAGAAGUGGGAUGUUGAGGAAGGCGCAAUGCGGAGCCUCAAGGAACUGAACAUCAGAUGUUGCGAUAAACUGGAGAACAUACCCCAGACACUGAUGCAAUCGACCACAUUGGAAGACUUGAUUUUAACAAACAUGCCAGUCAAAUUCAAAGAUGAUGUUCGACAGAAAAAGUUGACGCGUACAUCCCUUACUGUCAAUAAUUGGGACUUUCCUCCUUUGCCGUGGGAACAAGAAUCGGACGAGAGCAUUAAUGAUCCGACUCCUUCUAGAGAUGUUGAUGCUGCAUUGGCUGAUUGCUCCAUUUAAAGCCAGAAACUAGAGCUUCAAUACAGAAGGCCAUUUCCCACAAGUGGGAAGUUCGCAUUUUUUACUUGGAAUCGUUUUCACCAUCCUGCCCAUUCAGUUCAAUGCUGUAGCUUGUGCUGGAGGGUAGCUUGUGCUGGAGGGUCUCCUUGUAUGUUCCUUAUUUAAUUCUGUAUUGCCACACUUAUGGGUUGGGUGAUAAACUGCUAAUACUUGUACAACUCAAUGAGCCUGUUUAACCAAUAAGGAUUAUGACUUCAGCUCU